AUGUAUGAAAAGCUAAAUGAAAGUGGUUUGGAUAUAACUAGUCUAUCUUUACCUGAAUCCUUAUGGAAAUCUCUUUGGAGACUUAAUAUUUCUGAAAGAAUUAAACUCUUCUUAUGGAAAUGCUUACAAGAUGUCCUGCCUACUAAUGCUAAACUUUAUGGUAAAGUUAAAGAUGUUUCUCCUCUUUGUACUAUGUGUAAGAAUGAAAUUGAAACUACGGAACACCUUUUGUUUCAUUGCAAUAAUGCUGCUUCUAUUUGGAACUCUGCCCCUAACCCUGCAAUAUCUCUAGAUCUAAGCAGAAAACUUAGGAACAAUUUUAAAUGGAAAGCACCAAGUCUUGGAAACUUGAAAUUUAAUGUUGAUGCUACUUGGAUCUCUGAAUCUUUGCCAUCUACUUAUGCUUUUAUUUUGAGAAAUGAAUUAGGAAAAUGUGAAGGAGGAAAGGCAGGACUUGCAGCAGGCCUCGACCCAUCAGAAGCAGAAGCUAUAGGAGUCUGGCAAAAGGCUGUGUGGGCCAACGAGAAGCAGAUAAAGAAUUUCAGUAUUGAGGGUGAUUGUGAAAGUCUUUUUAACUACAUCAAUGGUCAGAAUGCAGAUGUAUCUUGGAGAGCUAAAGCUUAUAUGCAAGAAUCUCACAGAUUAGCUCAUCUUUGCAAUAAUUUUUUGGGUUUUGUCUUUGUUCCUAGACUAGGAAAUCAAGUGGAUGAUACCAUAGCCAAAUUUGCUAAGAAUGUAAGCAACAAUUUCGAAUGGGAAAAGAUCCCACCUAUUUGUAGUAGAAAACAACUCUUAGUAGAUAAAUUUAAUAUUGGGAGCUCCACAAAUCUCAUAUUAGAUGGCUCUACUUCUUUUGUAACCUUGACUCUUCCAGAGUCCUAA